AUCGCGUACGAUCGGUCGAACGUACAGGUUCGUGUAACGAACCGUCACCGAACCGAGUCUCCACAUACUUGUAAUUCAGUAAUAUUACGUGUCAAUUCUUUGUUAACGAUCAUUUUCGAAGUCUCGGAUUUUAAACAAGCAACACAUUGUAAUAUUUUCAAUUUAAAAAAGACGUGUAAUUGUAACAAACAGCAAUAAACAGAACUGAAAAGUAGUGCUUGUGCCUGUGUGUGUAUAUGCGUAUUUAUAUGUGUGCGUAUGUAGUAAGAAGUAAUAUUAAAUGUGAGAAAAAUGCGACGAGGAUACGACAAUCUGAUUGUAACAUUUCUGAAGCUUUGCAUUUUAGUGCUGGCAGCACAAUGUAUUCUUGCUUAUCCAUAUCGGGUGAAUCAGAACGAAAGACGAAUCGAGCAAUUUUCUAACGACAGAGAAAUACUUGAAGAAAUUAUUGAAAGUGAUGAAGAGCUUAGCACCGAAAGAAGAUUUCGUAGGGAAGCUUCAAGUUAUGGUAAUGAACAACGUUCAUCGCGACGAACGUCGCAGGCAGAGAUUAAGUUCGUGUUUCCCGAAGAUAUAAAACGGGUGCCAGCUUGUAAGAAUUCCACGUACUGUGAAACGGUGUCUUCUUACCCGGCAGACUUAGUAAAUCGAGCGAUUCAACGAAACGAAAGUAUUAAAUACUUGGAAAGUGUAGAUGUAAUCGAUUUAUCACCUGUAGAAGAGAGGAUAGGUCAAAUGGAUGAUAUACCCCUCUGCACUUCCUCGGAACACGUUAUAUUUCCUCAGUCAGCGCAAAAUAAAAAUAAGGAAUGGAAAUUCGUAGCAAAUCAAGAAAACUUUAAACAGGGUGUACGCGUUGAAACGUGUAUGCAAGAGAACGCAAGUUGUAGCGCAAUCGGAGGUCUUGCCGAGGGUUAUAAGACAACUUGUCGACAAAGAUACGUUUACAGACAACUUAAGUCAAUAACGGAAGAUGGCAAUUUGGUUGACGACACAUUUCGACUUCCGUCAAGUUGUUGCUGUCACGUAUCAUUUAGCGGAAAUGUACUCACAAGAAUGGGUGUGAACAUUGGGGGUCAAAAAACUCAAGUCACGCCUGUUAAAACGCGUAAAAGAAAAUGAACAUUUGAAUCAAUGUUACAAACAACAUGAAGCAGAGGAGAUCGAUCAGAGAGCGUUUACCGUUGUCUUUAACUCUUUGAGAGUACCGAACAAAUAUGCAUUUAGAGCAUAUUCUUUGUUGGCCGAAAUCAGUCACCAGAAAUGUUCCAUAGAUUGGAGUCUAAAUAUUAUGCCACAUUCCUUCCUCAGUCUCGGUUAUCUAGCUUUUAAUAUAUGUAUAUGUAUAUAUAGGGAUAUAAGAAACAUAGUUUUAUACGAGAUAAUUUACCAGCUUAGCUGGGAUUAUUAAACUUUGAAAUGAUGAUCCAUGAUCGAUGGAUAUUUAAAUUAUAAAAUAACAGCGUCGUUAUUAAUAUACAUAAACUCUAUUUUAAAAAAUACAAUUUAUGUAUAUUAUGUGUAUAUGUAUAAAGUGGUUUUUUAAAGCAUAUAUUUCUUCUUUAAUUGUUACGAGUUUUUGAUAAUUGUGAUAGUAAGGAUGAAGAGAGUCUAAAACUGACACAGAUUUGUAUCAUGGGAUAACUAUGUGAUAUGUUAUAGUCACUAAGAUCAACAUUCUGAUUUUUAACUUAAGAUCAUCAUUUCUUUUUUAUAACUGUUUUCAACAAUAAUAAAUACUUCUUUAUAGAAUAAAAUAGUCAAGGUAAAUGAAAUGCAAAUUUCAUAAUUUCAAAAUUUAUUCUUACACAAAAAUUUAUUCUUACAUGUUAAAUACAAUGCUUACAGCUAUAUCAUAGUUCUUGUUUUGACAUGCUUUUAUGGUUAAUUAUGCAUUAAUCUUUACAUUUCUGCCGAAAUUUUGAAAGUGUAAAUAAAAUACAAUCUACAAGGGAUUAAAAAUCUAUUGAAACAAGGUUACAUUCAUGCGUUACAUUAAAUUUAUUAAUUUAUAUUGUUUCCGAAUAAAUUUUCUAUACUAAUUAGAUUUUUUAAAAAACUGUAGAUUUCACUGCCUCUUUUCAUUUUUUUUCACUGGUUCUUGACCACAUCUCUAAGAGAUCACAAUUUACACGUUUAAAGUAUAGCAAACAAUAGCUAGCAUAAUUCACGAGGUUUAAUAGAAUGGUUAUAGACUAGGUGAAUACGUAUAAAUUAUUUUUUCAUUCCCUCAA